AUUCCGACUCGUGAUGAAGGCCAUCGGAGCUUCGUGCAGGUGGAGCUUCGUCUCGCUAGCGCUACUGUGCAGCGUACUUGCCGCCGCAACAUCGCAGAGCUCAAGCUCAAGUGGUAGCGCUAACGUUGUAUUCUCGUCCGUCGGCAAUGUGUCCGGGAGUCAAUGGCAGACCGACGCCGAGGAAAUUCGCUUCCCCACCGACUCAAGGACUGGUAGUGGCGACAUUGUAGUUGGCUCUGAAGAUUUGUCAAGCGAAGAAAGCGCUGAAGAGGAGAUUGUUGCCUCUCCCGUGGCGACUGCUCCUCUGCUGGUGCUGAAAGAGGUGGAGACAACUUCUGCCGUACCAGCCUCAGCGAAUAGCUCAUCUUCUCAAGCUGUUUCUGUGUUGAGCGAAGUGGAGAAUCCGCGGUCGAUAAAACCGGUUGAGGAGCUACAUGGUGUCCCGUCCAACCCCAGCUUUGUGAACGCUGUGGCCUUUGACGGUCGAGCUGCAGUGACGUGGAAGGCUCCGGAAGACGAUGGCUUGGAUCCUAUUGUGGCUUACGAAGUGGGGUGGUUUGAUGAGGAAGACAAUGUGCUGGUUGGCACUCAGAAAGUUACUUCAUCUUCAGUAAAUCUUGUAAGUCAUGUUGGAACGAAUACAAAUGCGUCGACUGCUCCAGCGGUAUCGGUGCCAACAUCAAGUGUCGUGGAGCCACUGGUGAACGGUCGCUCCUACGCAUUCAAGGUUCGCGCUCAAAACGUAAAUGGUUAUUCCGUGUGGUCGGCCAAGUCUCUUGCCGUGAGCCCGCUGCAUCCUCCUGAUCUCUGCGAGAGACUGUCGUGUUCAGGUCAUGGUACCUGCUUCCCAAACUACCAUAACGAGAGACCAGUGCAUUUAGAGAAGAACCGGCAAAAACGUAUAUUGACGGGUCCUAAAGACAGCAGCACAGCAAUUGACGAGUACUCGUUAGACGCCGUGUGUAUCUGCCGUCCAGGUUACAGUCCUCCUGACUGCAGUGCCAAGAGCAAUGACGAGGCGGCUCAGUAUGUGUGGCAAGUCACAGCAUGGAGUGAGUGUGAUAGUGGCUGCGGAGGCGGAAGGCGAUCGCGUGAGGCAGUGUGUUAUGAUACUAGCACCAACCAAAAAGCACCAUCGGAAGACUUCUGUACGGAGCCAAAGCCGUCGAUCACAGACAUUUGCAACGGUAUUGAGUGCGGAUCGAAGCGUGUUGUCGUGAGGUACGAGGUUGAAGUGAGCUACGAUGAAGUUCUAUUCUCGCCUGCAGCACGAGAAGCGUUUGAGCAUGCCUUCACUACUGAGGUUGCGUCUGCGCUGCAAAUUCCACACUCUCGACUAGAAAUCACUGCACUCGAGCGCGGCAGCAUCGUGGUGUUUUUCCAAAUCCUGCCAGCGUCACGUGUCGGGGAGAAGUCACUUAACGACAUUGUCGAGAACCUGCAAGACCAGCUAGGGAACGAGACGAGCACAUUGCGAUCCAUGGGGACGUUUGCUCGACGGAUUGAACUGAAUGGUGCAAAACUCAGUUUUUCCAUUGCCGAUCAAACCGUGGCUGGCGGUGCCGAAGACAUUUCUAUCGCUGGACUCAUUGGAACUAUGCUCGUGCUGGCCUUCUUCGUAUCGAUGUUUGGAUACUUCUUACGUCGCCGUCACUAUCGACUUCUUGAAGACAUCGAUGAGCGAAAAGAAAACGCACACGUCGCGGAUAUGGACGCAAAGAGUGGCGGCAUGAAGCGCAUGCAUAUAAGGUGUACGAGUACGACAUAA